AUGGUCGAAGAAGAGUUCGACGUCAUGUCGGUUGACGCCGCGAUUGGGCAAUCCAUUUACGUACCAGUGCAGUUGAACGGCACCCCAGUGUCGACGGUGCUCGAUACAGGCUCCGGUGUCACCAUAACCACGGUGGAGACAGAUUGGUUCACCCAAACGGGUCCCAUACACGCAUCCACUGCGCAGCUUCACCGGCCAUACCUUACGUGUUAUGGGAACGGCCACGGUGGCAACGUCCUUGGACGCGAUUGGAUCCAGGCACUGGAUCUAAGCAGACUAAGCCUCAAGGAUCUCCAGGCGCCAUCCAUCCGGCUGGUCGCUGGUGACCUCAAGCUUGACGAAGUCCUGAACCGCCACCGAGCCGUUUUCCGCGACGAAUUAGGGCCCUGCAAACAGUGCAAAGCACAUUUGUACCUGAAGCCGAACGCAAAGCCGGUGUUCUGUAGAGCCAGAACUGUGCCUUUCGCGUUCCGCGAUGCGGUAGAGAAGGACCUGGACAGACUGGUGGAACGCGGUAUCCUGACACCAGUCGAUCAUGCCGACACAGGCUUGAACGACCCCCUGGAUGUCCAGAAGUACCCGCUCCCGGCACCAGACGAGUUGUUUGCGAAACUCAAUGGUGGCAGCAAAUUCAGUACACUCGACCUGGCCGAAGCAUACGCCCAAAUCGAGCUGGACGAGGAGAGCAAACAGCUGGUUGUGGUCAACACACACAAAGGCCUGUUUCGCUACAACCGUCUCCCGUUUGGCGUGGCCAGUGGUCCGAGCAUCUUUCAACAGAUCGUCGAGCGGAUCCUGCAGGGCUGUGAAGGUGUCGCUGUCUACCUAGAUGACAUUAUUGUCAACGGUGCGACGGAAGAAGAACACCUCCGCAACCUCGAAAAAGUCCUGCAGCAGCUCGAAGAAAACGGCCUGACGCGCAAGCAGACCAUGUGCCGGUUCAUGCAAGAAUCGGUGGAGUACCUUGGCUUUGUGGUGGACAGCCGCGGCCGACACAUAUCGCGCGACCGCGCCAAAGCACUGCUGGAUAUGGACGAACCAAGGAACGUCAGCGAGCUACGCGCCUUCCUUGGCUUGGUAAAUCACUACGGGAAGUUCCUUCCUGAUGUAUCGACGAAGUGUAAUGUCUACCACAAUCUCCUGAAGACCGGAGUGACAUGGGACUGGUCAAAGGAAUGUGCUCGUCAGUUCCGAGAACUGAAAAAGGACAUCGUCCGGGCGACAUUCCUGGUGCACUUAAACCCGGAAAUGCCACUGGUGCUGGCUGCCGACGCCUCACAGUAA